AUGUUGCGGCAGGCGCGUCGGUCCCAUCGCAGAGGCAGCAUUCACGCGGGCACUCUCUUCAGCAUGGGGACGCUCAGUGGCCGAGUUCGCGCGACGCUGUGUGGGGCGGCGCUGUGGCUGCUGCUGCAGCGUACCCCCAAACGGCACUGCGUGCUCACGCCGCCGGCCUUUGGAAUCCACAGCGGGACCCCCUCGGCCACUUCGUCUGCCGGAAGGGCGCAGCCACGGCGGCGAGGCGGCCUCGCGGCGGCUUCCCGGGCGCCCGCCGUCGCGGCCGCGGCGGGGCCGCCGCGCGGGGGCGUGGCGCUGAUCCCGGAGUGGGAUGCAGCCGAGCUGGCGGCCUGGCUGCAGGAGGAGGACGAAGGGGUGCAGCUCGCCGUCGACGGGGGCGACUUCGGGCGGCCGAUCUCGUCGCCCAGCAUCAGCGGCUGGUGGGCGAGCUUCCGCCAGCUCAGGAACUCCGCGCGCGAGGUGCUGCGGCACCAGGCCUUCCGCGUCGCGGCCCGCCUGGAGCCGGGAACCGCCGCGGCCGGCGCGAGCUCGGCGGGGAGCGCCGCGGAGGUCGUGGGCCACGUGGAGGUGGCCGUGGUGCGCGAGCGGGGCGGCGCGGGCGGCCAGAGCGGUGGCCUCUUCGGGCCCGCGCCCUACGGCAUCCUGCUCUUCCUCUACGUGCGCCCCGGCGCGCGGCGGCGCGGCGUGGCCACCGCGGCGGUGAGACAGGCCUGCGAGUGGGGGGUGGGCCCAGAAGGGGGAGCCUCCAAGAUGGUGCUCCUCGUGGACCCCGACAACGCGGGGGCACGGAAGCUAUAUGCGGAUUCCGGGUUCAGGGAGUCCCGUUUCAGGAAAGAGAAGAUGGGCAAGCAGUUCAUCGUUGCUGUGUACGAGCCCAGAGAGGACGAAGCUACGGCGGUCACAGCAAUGUUGGAUUGA